AUGACAACAACUCAGGGAUGGAAGUCAACAAAUCUAGUCAGCACUGACAACAACUUAGGGAAGGAGGCCAGCGAAGCCAAUUUGGCUGCAAAAUUCAAUACAGUGCGGAAUCUAGCAAUCAAUCUAGAUCAGUCAAUCUGUGCUAGUUCGACAGAGGAUGAUAAUGAUUCUGUACAGACAGAGGAGGAUAAUGAUUCUGUACAGACAGAGGAUGAUCAUGAUUCUACAGAGGAUGAUAAUGAUUCUGUACAGACAGAGGAUGAUAAUGAUUCUGUACAGACAGAGGAUGAUAAUGAUUCUACAGAGGAUAAUAAUGAUCCUGUACAGACAGAGGAUGAUAAUGAUUCAACAGAGGAUGAUAAUGAUUUUGUACAGACAGAGGGUGAUAAUGAUUCUGUACAGACAGAGGAUGAUAAUGAUUCUGUACAGACAGAGGAUGAUAAUGAUUCUACAGAGGAUGAUAAUGAUUCUGUACAGACAGAGGAUGCUAAUGAUUCUACAGAGGAUGAUAAUGAUUCUGUACAGACAGAGGAUGAUAAUGAUUCUACAGAGGAUGAUAAUGAUUCUAUACAGAAAGAGGAUUAUAAUGAUUCUAUACAGAAAGAGGAUUAUAAUGAUUUUGUACAGACAGAGGAUGAUAAUGAUUCUACAGAGGAUGAUAAUGAUUCUGUACAGACACAGGGUGAUAAUGAUUCUGUACAGACAGAGGAUGAUAAUGAUUCUGUACAGACAGAUGAUGAUAAUGAUUCUACAGAGGAUGAUAAUGAUUCUGUACAGACACAGGAUGAUAAUUAUUCUGUACAGACACAGGGUGAUAAUGAUUCUGUACAGACAGAGGAUGAUAAUGAUUCUACAGAGGAUGAUAAUGAUUCUGUACAGACAGAGGAUGAUAAUGAUUCUGUACAGAAAGAGGAUGAUAAUGAUUCUGUAUCGACACAGGAGGAGGAUAAUGAUUCUGUACAGACAGAGGAUGAUAAUGAUUCUGUACAGACACAGGAUGAUAAUGAUUCUGUACAGACACAGGGUGAUAAUGAUUCUGUACAGACAGAUGAUGAUAAUGAUUCUACAGUGGAUGAUAAUGAUUCUGUACAGACAGAGGAUGAUAAUGAUUCUGUAUCGACACAGGGUGAUAAUGAUUCUACAGAGGAUGAUAAUGAUUUUGUACAGAGAGAGGAUGAUAAUGAUUCUCUACAGACAGAGGAUGAUAAUGAUUCUGUACAGACAGAGGAUGAUAAUGAUUCCACAAAGGAUGAUAAUGAUUAUGUACAGACAGAGGAUGAUCAGGAUUCUGUACAGACAGAUGAUGAUAAUGAUUCUACAAAGGAUGAUAAUGAUUCUGUACUGCAGACAGAGGAUACUUAUGAUUCCGUAAAGACAGAGGAUGAUCAUGAUUAUUUUUAG